GAUGGAGUUCAACCACCAAACUUACCCAAGUCAAAUGGUUCAGGAACGGCCAGCCAAAGUUCGGGGCCGCCAUCAAUUGAUCAAUGGAUUUCGGACAGCGCUGCUGCAUCGACAUCUCCUACAACCGAUCAGCAAAGAUGGCAUCCCAUAAUGUCAGAUAUUUCCCACCAAACCGAAGAAUCCGCAAGCAUCUUCACAUCAGAUCAAUUCAGACCAACUAGUGUUUCCUAUUUACACCUAAUUCCAACAUGUCUCGACCUUUUCUUAGAGCAUAUAUACCCCAUUAUGCCCCUCGUUCACUUCCCAACUCUGAGAGCAUCCCUUAAUCGACCUCUCGAGAUGUAUGAGAAGAAUCUUCUCUACUCUCUCUGUGCUUUGACAUCGACACAUAUGUCUGGAAAGAGCAUUCUGGCUCCGGGUCCUCCAUCAUGGGAAGCAGCUGGCCGUUUCUUCCUCGACGAAUGUAUUUCUGUCCGCCAACAUUAUGAUUUCGUUGAGGACAAAUCAUUAUCUGCUGUUAUUUCCUCGUACUUUGUAUCAACAGCUUUCUUCGAACUUAAUCAGAAUCGCAAAUCAUGGUAUUACCUACGGGAGGCUUUGACGAUGGGCCAGGACUUGGGGUUUCAUGACGAGAACAGUUAUACUGGGUUAUCUCCUGCUGAAGCACUCUGUCGUCGACGUACAUUCUGGAUUUUAUAUGUCACUGAGAGGUCAUUCGCUAUACUCCGCCACAAACCUCUCACCCUUCAAAAGACCCCCGCUUUCCCCUCUACCCUCCACGAGUACGAAAGUCCAGAAAUCCACUCCGGCUUCAUGCAUCUCGUAAACUCCUACCACCUCCUCGACUCCUCCUUCGUCGAUUCCUGGAACGAGUCCGCGUCCGUCCCCGCCUCAACACUAACCUACACCGCGCUCCAACAACAACUCUCCCGCCCCUCGCACGCAACCAACGUCCCCCUCACCGACAUCCAAAAAGCCGACAUCCUCGUAACCCAACAAUGGCUCCGUCUCAUAAUCUGGCAAUCCUCCAUGCGCCAAGGCCUCCUCUCCUCCAACGCCGCCGACGAAUCCAUGACCUUCCGCUACCCGCUCCAGAUCGCGCACUCGCUCCUCAACGUCAUCUCCUCCCUGCCCACGACCAGCAUCGAGGUCCACGGCAUGGGCAUCUUCGAGAAGAUCUUCGAGAUCGGCAACACAAUGCUGGAUGUCAUGCAGUUCUGCGGGCCGACGAUGAAUAGCGAGGGCGCGUAUGGGGUCGUCCAGGACCCGUUUGAGGUUUUUGUUAAGACGCUGAGUCAGACGCCGAAUAGUCAGCGGCAGUAUGCGAAUCUGCUGCUAGCGAAGGCGGCCGAGAAGCCGGAGUUUAGGAGGUUUUCGGAUCAUUUGAUGCCGGAGCUUCAUGGGCAUGCGGAUCUAUUGCCUGGGGCCGGGUUGGAGGGAGUUGGGCUGUUGCAACCGCCUGUAACGCAGGGAAGACAGUGGAGGGGUAGUAUUGUGGGGGAGGUUGCCGAGGAUGGGAGUUAUAAGGUUAAUGAUGAUGUAGAGGUUCAGAACCAGGAUUGGGGCGCGAAUAAUGCUUCUCUUCCAGGGACGGGAGCGGCGAAUGCGAUUUGGAUUCCGGAUACAGUUAGUGUUAGUGAUGAUGGGUCUGGGAGUUUGUUGGUUGGGGAUGGGAUGGAUGGCGUUUGGAUGAAGAUGGAAUAGGGCGGGGUAUUAUCAUGAUGAGGAGUGAUUUGGCAUUUCAGGCGAAGGGUAGGAUGGAUCGAUACCUUGGCAUAUAGGAUUCG